AUGACAGAACUAUACGGACAGAUAAAGGAAAAAAGGGAUCAAAAGGCUCAGAAAGCUGAGUAUGCUGGAUAUGCCUGCUUUGAAUCCUCCAACCAGAUGGUCAAGUGUGACCCUUAUCAUGGCCAAUAUGUGGAAUGCUGCAUGCUCUACUGUGGAGAAGUGGUAUCCAAGGAUGUGAAUGCUGCCAUUGCCACUAUCAAGACAAAGCACACCAUCCAGUUUGUGGACUGGUGUACCACAGCUUUCAAGGUUGACAUCAACUACCGGCCCCCCACAGUGGUGCCUAGGGGCAAAGUACAGUUGGUGGUCUACUUGCUAAGUAAUACCACAGUCGUUGCUGAGGCUUGGGUCUGUCUAUACCACAAAUUUGAUCUGAUGUAUGCCAAGCUGGCAUUUGUGCACUUGUAUGUGGGUGAGGGCAUGGUAGAAAGAGUGUUCUCUCAAGCUCAAAAGGACCUAGCCACCCUGGAGAAGGAUUAUAAAGAAACGGAGAAAUGGAAGAAGAGAGAGGCAAAGUUAUAUUGCCGAGGUUACAAGACUAGUAAAUGUGGAGCAUCACGACAGAUCCUUGUGUCUGGAAAUAGUGAAUCAGAAUUUAUGGCAGUGGAUCUUAGAAACUGGCGUUUUAUCAAGCACUCUGAGCAAUUUUUGUAG